AUGGAGAACCCUCCAUAUAGCGAGGAAACAAAGGCGGGGGUUGUGGGGUGGACCGAUGUCGAGCGGGACACGGGGGAUGUCGAGGUUAUCCAUGACAAGAAGCUUGAACGGAGGCUCUUAUUCAAAUUCGACAUCUACCUCCUGCCCGCGCUUGCAGUUAUGUAUCUCUUCAACUCCAUCGACAAGUCCAACCUGGGAAAUGCCAAAACAGAUGGGUUGACAGAAGACCUCCAUUUCAAGAGCAACCAAUACAACAUCCUGCUGUCGAUUUUCUACGUUCCGCUUGUGCUCUCCGGACCUCCGAUGAACAUGCUCACCAAGCGCUUUGGGGCUAAGAUAGUCCUGCCCAUUGCCAUGAUAAUCUUUGGAGGAAUGGCAAUGAUCAGUGCGGCGACGGUCAACUUUGGAGGCAUUGUAACGACCAGGUGGUUCCUCGGUAUGGCUGAAUCGGGGUUCUAUCCCGGCGUCAUCUUCUACCUCACCACUUUCUACAAGAGAGAUGAGCUUGCUGGGAGACUUAGUAUCUUUUAUGCGGCGAGUGAGAUUGCAGGGGCUUUCACGGGAUUGAUUGCGUUCGGCGUCUUUCAGAUCAAGUCUCAUCUCAAAGGGUGGCAGUAUCUGUUCCUGAUUGAAGGAUCACUUACUGUCUUUGGCGGGAUUAUAGCUCUCAUAAUCCUCCCCAGGUCUGCAGCAACUGCCUACUUCCUGAACGAGGAGGAGAAAGCUCUAGCCUAUCAGCGCAUCGCCGCCAAUUCCUCCACAGUCGUCGACUCCAAAUUCUCUUUCCGCCAAGCAAUGAGAGUAUUCAAAGAAGACCACCUCUGGCCCAUCUACAUGGCGAUCGGAUUCUGCGUCGGCGUGCCCCUCUUCUCCGUCUCCAACUUCCUCCCCCAGAUCGUCGCCCAAUUCGGCUACAGCACCGUAAAGACGAACCUGUACACCGUGGCCCCCAACAUCGUCGGCGCCCUCUUCGUCGUCGCCGUCGCCUUCUCCUCCGACUACCUGGGCGACCGCUCCGCCCAUCUCGCCGGCACUCUCUGCGUCACCGCCAUCGGGUUCGUGAUCCUCGCCUGCGUCGACACCGUCAACCACAUCGGCGUUGGUUAUUUCGCCUGUUUCCUCCUCUGCGCAGGGGGCUUCAUCACGUCUCCGCUCCUCUCCACAUGGUACAACAACAACACGCCCGAGGAGAACCAGCGCGCGAUCCUGACGCCCGUCCUAGUCGCGACCGCGAACGCCAUGGGGCUCGUCGCGGCGAAUAUCUUCACGGAGAAGAGCGCCCCGAGAUAUCGGAUGGCGAGUAUCAUCUGUGCGUGCUUCGGCUUCGCGGGCGCUGCCCUCACGCUCGCCCUGGGUUUCUGGAUGAAUCGUGAUAAUAGGAAGAGGAAUCGAGAACAGGGGACUAAGUUGAAGGCCGGGGAUGUGCCGACGAGUGAGAUGCCGGCCGGUCAUGCGGAUCCGAGAUGGAGAUGGAUGGGGGCGGACUGGGGCGCGUGA